AUGUCUCGAGAUCCAUAAUUGGAAUUAUUGAACAUAGAAUCCACUUUAAGAGAAUUCAUAUAAAUGCCACUUACAAAUAAAUUAUAUCAUUAAAUAGAAACUGAUUUCACUGCUGAACCUUGGGAUGUUCCUAUUACUCCUGCAAAAUCAAGUUAAUAAAAAAAAAGAAUUAUUACAUUUAAAUAACCAAUAACUAGAUUAUUACCAAGACAAUCAAUUACUGAAACACCUACUAAUAUUUCAAGACCAAAAAGUUGUCAUCAUAAAAGUGCAUUUGUAGAAUUAGGAAUACCAACUCCUCAACCAAGUUAUCCUAAAGUUCUAUAAAGAAUUAUUAUUUCUGCUUAACAUAAAUCCUCUCGUAAGAACUCUACAAGUUAAUAUAGAUAAAAAUGUCUAAAGAAUAUUCUACUUGCAUAAAAAUAAAACAGUUAAUAAUGUAAUUACACUCAUACAUCAACUGAUUAUUUUAAUUUCAUAUCUUCAAUCAAUCCAGUUUCUCAAAAAAAUAAAACAACCACAGAACCUUUUUUAAAAAAAUUUAAGCUUAAACUUAAUAAUAUGCUCAAUUGA